UUUUUCGACUCGGUCCAGACACAUCUAGAGGUGUUAUAUAAAAGUUCAGGCGUGGAGAUGGCCAGCAAGGCUGCUAAGUCUCCCGCUGUUGCAAAGGUCGCAGCAACAUCCCCGACAACAGCAACAGCAACAUCCGAGCUCCAGUCCUCUCUCCGCGAACUCCACAUUGGCGAAAAGACUUCUUCCAUAACCGACAUCGCGCGGCCGAAACUUACAGCUACCACCGCCCUCCCGGCUAAGAAAAAGAAAGCGCCUGUCGUCGCCGAUUCCUGGGAAGAUGAACUCGAGCUGUCAGAUCAAGAUACAGACAAAGGUGGUGCAGGGCUCGAAGACGAGCUAGGUUCACCAAAUGUCGCUACAAGCCUGGCCACCUCUCCCGCGGUAGCAGAGGGGCCCCUUGACCCCCCACCCACGCCAAUCUCCCCGCAAACAUCUCAGCCGUGGAUUGCUAAUGCCGUGGCGACAGCGACGGCGGGCGGAUGUGGGCCAGAUUCUACGUCUCGAUCCAAACCUUCGUCGGGUUCGACAUCUGCACGAGACCCAAAUCGGCGGCCAGAGAAGCAGACUGCUGUUGCAGGGAGGUUGAUUGCAGGCGCGUUGGGCAUUCGAGCGCCCAAGAGGACGGAGGAACAGCGAGCUUACGACCGGGCCGUAAAGGAGCAGGAGAUUAGACGAAGGAAUAGGGAGAGGGAGGAGGCAGCCAAGGCUAAGGAGGAAGAGGAGAAGGCGAAGGCCGCUAUUUGGGGCGCUUGAUUAAUAUCUCUGCCAUUUCUUUUGUUUUUAUGGGAUUCUCUUUCACUCUUAAACGUUCUUUCAUGCCUGACCCCCCUCCUAAUUCCGGUAGAGUUUAUACGGAGUUGACUGUCUUUGUGAGGAAUAUUUAUCCCGGGUGAGAGUUUAAGCCGGAAUAAAACUCAUGUAUAUUAAUAUAGGCAGGGCAAUAGAUUAUGUUGCGCU